CCUAAACUUAACAUCUUCAAAAUAGUUAAAAGAAAGAAAUAUAAGUUAACAUGGUAGAAGGGUAUGAGUUAUGGACUGUGAUAAUUUCACUCAUAGUGGUGAAGCUAUUUCAUGGGAUCUAUCAAUGGAGCUAUCCAAAGUGUAAUGGAAAACUUCCUCCAGGGUCAAUGGGUUUUCCAAUCAUCGGAGAGACAUUUGAGUUCAUGAAAUCUCAUGAUGCUUUCCAACUUCCAGAAUUCGUAAAGAAGAAAAUCCUCAGACAUGGGCCAUUUUUUCGGACAAGCUUAUUUGGAGUCAAAGUUAUAGUCUCGACUGAUAUUGGAUUGAACAUGGAGAUAGCAAAGACAAACCAUGUUCCUGGUGUGCCCAAGAGCUUAGCAAGGCUAUUCGGGGAAAACAACUUGUUUGUACAGAGUAAGGAGUCCCAUAAACAUCUCCGUGGCUUGACAAUGCAGUUUUUAGGUUCACAAUGUUUGAAAUUGAGAAUUAUGCAAGACAUCGAUCUCUUGGCUCGUACACACAUGGAGAUAGGAGCUAGGAACGGCGUUCUUGACGUCAAAGAAACAUCAAGCAAGAUCUUAAUCGAAUGCCUUGCGAAGAAAGUUAUGGGAGAAAUGGAACCAAAGGCAGCAAAAGAACUCGCACUAAUAUGGAGACAUUUUCCAAAGGGGUGGUUUCGAUUCUCGUGGAACAUUCCUGGGACUGGUGUCUAUCAAAUGAUGAAGGCAAGAAAGCAAAUGAUGAAUAUACUAAAGGAGACGGUGUUGAAGAAAAGAGCAUCAGGAGAAGAGUUUGGGGAGUUUUUCAAAAUGAUAUUUGGGGAAAUGGAACGAGGAGGAGAAACGAUGAGCUUAGAGAAUGUGAUCGAGUACAUAUUCACUUUGUUUUUGGUUGCUAACGAGACAACGCCAAGCGUCCUUGUGGCUACGUUGAAGCUCAUAAGCGAUAACCCUAAAGUCAUGCAAGAACUGAAGAGAGAGCAUGAGCGAAUUGUCCGUGAGAAGGAGAAGGAGGCUGACCUAACAUGGGAAGACUACAAAUCAAUGACUUUCACCCAAAUGGUGAUAAAUGAGUCUCUAAGGAUCACAAGCACGGUGCCUACAGUGCUAAGAAUGAUUGAACAUGACUUCAAAGUUGGUGAUUACACAAUUCCAGCUGGUUGGAUCUUCAUGGGCUAUCCUAAUGUUCAUUUCAAUCCUGAAAAGUACGAAGACCCAUUAGCAUUUAAUCCAUGGCGUUGGAAGGAAAAAGACAUGACUGCGAUCCUUUCUAAGACUUACAUGCCCUUUGGUGCUGGUACUAGACUAUGUUUAGGAGCUGAGUUCGCUAAGCUACAAAUGGCCAUUUUUAUCCAUCAUUUGUGUCGAUACAGGUGGUCAAUGAAGACAGAGACUAGAGUACUUCGAAGGUUUAUUCUAAUGUUUCCUGGUGGAUGUGAUGUUCAAAUCUCACAAGAUACCAAAGUGGAUAACUCUGUUGGUUACUAGAGUGGCUGUAUUCGAUGCGAGGUUGUUGGUUCGAAUCUCGCUUUGUACAUGUUGAGACAGUAUAUGAUUGCUGCCAUGGACAGAAAAGCUUAUAAAAGGCACUUGGUCAGAGUACAUGUUUCUGUUGCAUAAAUUGAUUAAGCACUUUA